GGCGGACAAGAUGGCGGCCUCCAUGCUGUGUUCGCUGCUGCGCACCGUCCGGCAGAUGGUACCUGCAUCAGCUUCAGGCCAAGUUCGAGGUUACUACGUGGACUGGAAAAUGUUACGUGAUGUGAAGAGACGACAAAUGGCCUAUGAAUAUGCAGAUGAAAGGCUACGGAUCAAUUCACUCAGGAAGAAUACCAUUUUGCCAAAGGACCUUCAGGAAAUUGCUGAUGAAGAAAUUGCUGCCCUUCCACGGGAUAGCUGUCCUGUUAGAAUCAGAAAUCGCUGUGUCAUGACGUCCCGACCUCGUGGUGUAAAGCGGCGCUGGAGGCUUAGUCGUAUUGUCUUUCGCCACUUAGCUGACCAUGGGCGACUUUCUGGGGUCCAGCGAGCAAUAUGGUAA